GAAGAAGCCCAAGAAGGCGACGAAGAAGAAGAAAGCGGGCUGAUCUUGAGUCUGCGCAGGCUCCGCUUAGCUUUGAUGUUGUAAUAGCAAACGCUCCCGUCAGCAGAUACAGUCGAGCACAGACGCGCUCACGCGCUGUCACCGGUUCAACUGAGAUCCUUACCGACUCGUUGGCUUCCUCUGUCUGCUGGCGUUUGGGUUUUACGUCUGAGAACUUUUUAAACUGCCACUGGAGCACUUUGCGGCAUGAUGUGACGUGAGAAGGACCGGAAACACGCGUGACUGCAGCAGAGUCAGCCAUCACCUGAACACAAACACUGACAGGUAAGCGCUUCCUGACCUUAAAUCUAACCAGGGGCCUGUUGCAUGAAAGUAGGAUAAGGGAUUAAGCCGGGACAUGUUGGUUAUCCGUGAUCCGCUUGCAUAAAAGUAGGAUAGGGGAAAGUGGGAUAUGUUAUGACAUAAGUUACCAUGGAGACUCAUUGCCCCUCAUUUAUGAAUCUUGCGCAGAUCUGAGCGCAGAUCAAAAUUUGAACAAGGCCACAGUUUGCUGCACCGUGCGCAGUGUGUAUGUGGCCAUUAAGUUGUUGCUAGUUGUCUUCAUUUUCCUCCCUGGCCACAGAAGACUCCGGCAUAUCAAAGACGAUUUUUAUAGGACUGCAGGUAAAAGAAAUUUCAAAUUACAUGACAAGUGUUAACUGUCAUAGUAGGAUACUCAUUGCUUUGUGUUACAGGUUUCCCCAACGUCAUUGGCACAAUUGACUGCACCCACAUAAUAAUAAAAUCUCCCUCAGGUGCCCAUGAGGGAGAUUUUAUUAACAGGAAAUCCUUUCACAGCAUUAAUGUUCAGGUAAACAUGACUUUUUGAUAUUUUCAAUUAAUGAACACUGCUUGUGACGUGCAUUGAUUGGUUUAAUGUUCAACAUCUUAUACUUUUAGAUGGUCUGCAAUGCAUGUGACAUUAUUGUUGCCUGCGCUAUCCUCCACAAUGUGGCCAUCCUAAGGAAGGAGAGGGCUCCCAAAAUGCCAACACACACUGGCCUUGAUUUAUCAAUCUUGCGCAGAUCUGAGCGCAGGAUUCAUCGUAGGCCACGAUAGGACACACGUGAGAUUUAUGAAAGGGUUCGUAUCUGACCAAUCCCAGCGUACGUAUGAUGGGGUCUUGAUAAAUGCGGUGGCUGAAAUCGAUCGUCAUUAACAUGUUACGCCCUUAAAUAUUCGUGGUUCAGAAGCCUCGCCUUUUUGAGUCAAACGCAGUGCUCCACAGAGGCGUGUGUGCGUGUGUGCGUAAUGUUGAAACAGCGCUCCUCCUCUGCUCUGUGGCAGUGUUUCUGGGCAGAGUUAUCAAAAAGGCCUAUUUACUAAGGACAUAACAAAUUUAUUUUACUUUAUUUUAUUUAUGUCUUAAGCUUGAAUGAAAUCUGGCUGAUUGUGAUUAAUGACAGUUUUGGGGUUUGUUUAUCAAUUAUUUCGAGACAGACUUUUGCUGCACUGCAGAUCCACACUGACUCAAACUUGCGUACAUGAUGUCAGACCUGUCGAAAGAUUUGGUCGUAGCGUAUGCUCACGUGCAGAUUGAUAAAUGCCCAUCCUCACGUCAAAAUUUUCAUACGCAAGGUGUACGCAAGUUUUCUACCGUAAGCAAGCUUGAAAAAUGAGAGCCAUUCUGUGGAGCUAGCCUGCUCCAGACCAGGCUAAGUUCCAGUAUGUGUUUAAUCUUAUCCCUUAUCUCAGUAAGCAGUCACCACAAAUGGACACCAAUAUUCAGUCCACUGCCCACUACACAUUGUUAACACAUUUAACUACACCCGCUGUCAUUAUUUAAACAUUUGUGAUCAUUAAUUGCAAUCAUUUUAGAUAAAUGAUUUUGCUAUUAUUAAAUCUAUAUAUAUAAAUAAAAUACAAUAAGAGUAACAUGAUGUUCCUUUAUUGAAUAAGGAUGAAUCAAAGCAGGUAAACCAUCAGCACCUUUCAAAACGGGCCCUACAAGAUAGGAAGCACAUAGUCAAAGCAUAUCAUAUAACAACAAUAAAUACACAUUCACAGAGGUCUAUUUAAUACACCCUGCAUGUCUGCACACUGAAAUAGCUGCAGGACAAAUCCAUAUUCAAUGAACAGAAAUAGCAGGCCUGUAUACACACAGUAUACAACACAAUAGGCCAAAUCAAUAAAACACAACAUAAAUUCUCCUGCAAAUGCAGGCAAUAUGUAACUUAAAUGUACAAAAUAGAUUUUAACUGAAAUAAUAAAUGUUUGUCUCGAAAUAAUUGAUAAACAAACCUCAAACCUGUCAUUAAGCACAAUCAGCCAGAUUUCAUUAAAGAUUAAGACGAAAAUAAAAUAAAAUGACUUUGUAAUGUCCUUAGUGAAUAGGCCUAUUUGAUCACUCUGCCCAGAAACACUGCCACAGAGCAGGAGCGCUGUUUUAACAUUACGCGUACACGCACACGCGCCUCUGUGGAGUGCUGCGUUUGACUCCUAAAAGACAGGUGUCCCUGUCUUGGCCCAGCAGCGGGGACGUUGUUGUACACUCCUGAGAGGGUGUGGGACAUCAUUUGGGCCAGUACAGUUUUGCACAAUGUUGCUCUGGUGAAUGGAGUGCCGUUACCUGUGCCAGUGCAACGUGAGGACCUGAUGCCUGGAGAACAAUAACGAGGACCUUAUCGACGGAUUCUGACAUGUAAAGUGUAAGUUUAGAAAGUGCUCUUUCUAUUCAAUCAGUGAUUAAAAUCCAAUAGAAAUGCAUAAAAAUGUGCCUCAGGGGCAGCAACACACCAUUCGGUGACGUUAAUAAUUAUUUUUGUUCAGCCUCUGUCAGACUCUCCAGUCUGGUCUACAUUACAAAGAAGCAACAAAUUAAAAUACCUUCAAUAAUAGGAGCCACAUACCCUAUGUCAUGGCAAUUAAAAAUAUGAGGCAUGUAUGAGAUACGAUGAAUCCUGCGCUCAGAUCUGCGCAAGAUUGAUAAAUGAGGGCCAGUGUGUGUUGGCACUCUGGGAGCCCUCUCCUUCCUUCGGCAGACCACAUUGUGGAGGAUAGCGCAGGCAACAAUAAUGUCACAUGCAUUGCAGACCAUCUGAAAGUAUAAGAUGUUGAAAAUUAAACCAAUCAAUGCACGUCAGAAGCAGUGUUCAUUAAUUGAAAAUAUCAAAAAGACAUGUUUACCUGAACAUUAAUACUGUGAAAGGAUUUCCUGUUAAAGGGGACCUGCCAUAAAAAAUUCAUACCCAUUUUUAUCAUUUUUUCAUAAUCCUUGAUGUCCUCUGAUCAUGUUUGCAACAUAAUUUUAGCUGAAAAGUUAUUUGAUGGUUUGUUUUAGUAUGCCUAAAAAACCUUACAGGAAAACCAAAUGAUUUUGGCUCAUUAACAUUUCUGGUAAUGAGCUUUGCACUGAUUGGAUCGCUGCUGUGAAGCCUGCUGUGCUCUGAUUGGCUCAGCAGUGGAGGUUCGGAUUUCGGUUUAUCCAUUUUGCUAAUGUGUGCUAAAGUAAGGUGCCCAGAUGUCUGUAAUGAUAUCCGGGGAUAUUCGGUGCGGCGGCGGGUGCAGGGGCUGCAGAGGCUGUGUGAUCACAGACAACAUCUCGGUACUAUUUAGUAGCAGCGCAUGCCCCUUGUAAUAACCCCCUUUUAAAAACUGUUGUUCAGGACUGCUUACUUGUGCUUCCUACCUAUUCGGCUACUGUAAUAACCGUUGUUCGAGCCCACACGCAACAUUUAGUUCUCAUUCAUGAAACGCUUAAAUCGGGGACAUUUUUGGGACAGCUUUUGCCGCGGACAGGUCAUCCAAUACGGGGACUGUCCCCAGAAAUCCGGGACGUCUGGUCACCUUAUGCUAAAGGCUAAAAAUGGCAGGUAUUAAACUAUAUAUUUUAGACCCCGAGUCCGAAGAGGAGGUGGAAGUUGAAGAAGAAGCCAGAGAUCUCCAGCGGUGUUUUCUCAUUCAUUCUGCCCAGCUUUAAGUUCAUUUUCCCGUCAGUGAACCGAUAGCGGAUACAGUGGUAGCUGGGUCUCACUCUGACUGUGAAUGAGUACGAGAAUGAGAGAGUGGGCGCGGCUCACCGAGGACGUGUUCGUGAAUAAUAAUGAGCAAGGUCAGCGUGACGUCAGAGGGACCUGCUUUUUCAAUUGGCCUGGUUUACCCGUUCCUUUAUUUUAAACCUUUACAGAAUGCAAACGACGUAACGGUUUUCACAUUUACAACAUAAGACGAACAUAAUAUGGACCUUAUCUGACACAAAAAACACACAAAAUUACAUUUUGAUGGCAGGUCCCCUUUAAUAAAAUCUCCUUCAUGGGCACCUGAGGGGGAUUUUAUUUUUAUGUGGGUGCAGUCAAUUGUGCUAAUGACAUUGGGGAAACCUUUAACACAAAGCAAUGAGUAUCCUACUAUGACAGUUAACACUUGUCAUGUAAUUUGAAAUUUCUUUUACCUGCAGUCCUAUAAAAAUCGUCUUUGAUAUGCCGGAGUCUUCUGUGGCCAGGGAAGAAAAUGAAGACACCUAGAAACAACUUAAUGGCCACAUACACACUGCGCACGGUGCAGCAAACUGUGGCCUUGUUCAAAUUUUCUGCAUCCCCACAAAGUACAGGAAGCCCCCACUUGCAUAAAAGCGCAAGGCCACACACACCAUAUGUGUUACACUUAGCGCAUGGUUGCGUGCCGUUUGGUGGCAUAGCCUGGGACCCAGCAGUCUGCAAAGGUACUGGAUGCCAUCUGCUGAAAAUCUAUACCUUUCAUACAGGUAGUCAUCAGUGAAGGCCAAUGGGUCUGACCUGUCCCUGAAAAUCCCUCUCCCCCCUGAAGGCUCUCCUGAGCACGAGCGCUUCCUCAUCAAUUAUCUCUUCUAGAAAUGGGCACGCCAUUGUUAGAGCAGGGAGGAACACAUGAUUUCGGGCCUUCUUAUAGGCCAUUGGAUCCCUUGACUUCACGAGGAACACCUUUGCAGCCUCACACCUCACAAGCUACAAAUGGUUAUUUAAUCAUGAUACCUACUACAUAUCAACUUCAUAGACUGAAUGAGUACUUCCACAGGUUUACAUAAUACCUCAAGCCUUCUUGAAUCAAUAGAGACAGCCUCCUCAUCAAAGUUAUCAUCAUCGUCAUCAUCUUCUGCUGCUGCUGCUGCUCCUCCUCCUCCUCCUGCUGCUGCUGCUGUUGCUCCUCCGGCUCCACUGGUGCCUUCAUCCUAUCACAUGUAAUGGGAUUGAUAUUAAAGCUAGUAGACUAGACAUGCCAGGCCUGCAGUAUGCCUUUGAUGGAGUACUCACUGGAUCAUCAUCUGGCGUUGGUGGCUCUAACAAAUUGAUGGUGUUGCCAGACACUGCAAGUUGAACCAAAGUCUGAUAGUCCAAAUGGAUUCAAUAUGAAUGGUUGGUUAGGUCCCAUGUAAAUAUGGAAGAAUGUACCUUGUCAGCCCUGCAAUGAACUGGUGACUUGUCCAGGGUGUCCCCUGCCUUCGCCCGAAGAUGCUGGGAUAGGCUCCACUCCCCCCGCGACCCCGGGGAUGGGAAUAAGCGGUAGAAAAUGAAUGGAUGGAUGGUACCUUGUAUAAGGAGGGUGACAUCUUGGGAGGAACUUGUAUUUGACUCUGUUCCCCUCCAUCACAGGCCUGUCUCUAUUUAAUGCCUUUGUCCGCAGCUGGGGUGAGGUCAGCUGGUGGUGACCCACCACCCGUGCCUUGCCUGUGGGUUUUUUUUAGCUGCUAAAAGAACAGACAAUGGCCCUCAUUUAUCAAUCUUGUGCAGAUCUGAGCGCAGGAUUUAUCAUACGAUAGGACACUAGUGAGAUUUAUGAAAUCUGACCAAUCCCAGCGUACGUAUGAUCGGGUCUUGAUAAAUGUGGCGGCUGAAAUCGAUCGUCAUUAAUAUGUUUACACCCUUAAAUAUUCGUGGUUCAGAAGCCUCGCCCACUGAGGUCAAACAUGAAAGAGGAGUAUAUUAGAAAGAUUUGAAACUUUUCUGAGCUGAAAGUGGAUAUUCUCGCGUCUGUGGUGGAAACUAACAAGGAUUUGCUCUUUGAAAGCAUCAAAACUGGUAUAAAAGCAGUCCAGAAAACUCCUGUCUGGAGCAGCAUUAUGGUGGCGGUGAACAGCGCUGCCGUGGAAUAGUGGACAGUGGCUGAAGUUUUAACAAAUCAUUAGUCAAUGAAUUGCUUAUGAUGAUAAAUUAUUAUCUCAUACAUGCCUCUUUUUUCAUUUCCAUGAUAUAGGGUACGCUGCUCCAAUUAUUGAAAGUAUUUAGUUUUAAUUUGUUGCGUCUUUGUAAUGUAGAGCAGACUGGAGAGUCUGACAGAGGCUGAAAAAAAAUAAUUAUUAACGUCACCAAACGGUGUGUUGCUGCCCCUGAGGCCCAUAUUUAUGGAUUUCUAUUGGAUUUUUAUCACUGAUUACAUAGCAAGAGCACUUUCUAAACUUACACUUUACAUGCCAGAAUCCAUCGAUAAGGUCCUGUCUCCUCUGUACAGCACCUUUGUAGAAGCUCUCCUCGUUAAGCCGCGUUCAGACCAAACGCGACCUGAAGUGACCUAUUCGCAUUGGUCUCUGUAUUCCCAUCGCGUCACGCCCUGGUGUGUUCACACCAGGUCCAAAGCUGCAGUCGUGGAGGUCGCAGGACACGGCUGGUUGCCGCUGACCCGCUUCUCCCACCUUCUUUCUCCCUCAUAUCAUCCCGCAGCCCCUUCCAGCGCUUGCGGCACACAUCCACUGCAAAGACACACACACACAUUGAGCCUAGCAAGCAGGGGAAGUUUGCUAUGUUUCAGAAAAUAGUCUGCUCACUGAAAUAAAUAAACACACUUAACAGAAAGCCAGACAUCAUGGACCACCUUCGCCCAUGUCUCCUCCUUGGAGGUGCGGUCCCGGUAGAACGCGCACCCCAUGUCGUACAGGACCGGGUGAUAACUCACAGCAGUGAUAAGCUGCUCCUCCAUUGUGAUUCUUCUUCUCCUCCUCCUUGCUUCGCCGGUUUGUUGACGUCAGCAGAGCCCUGAUUGGCUGUCGCGGCACGGAGUUGCGGAAAGUCGCUCCCAAAGUUCAAAUAUUUGAACUUUUGGAGCGACGCAACUUGGAGUCCUGCGAUCUAUGCAAGACUAUACUGCCUCAAAUGAUGUCCCACAGGUCACGGCUGUACAUAGACUUUGCAUUGAAAUUCAUUGCUCAGGUCGCCGAGGUCGUGUUUGGUCUGAACGCGGCUUUAUUGUUCUCCAGGUGUCGGAUCCUCACGUUGCACCGGCACAGCCAACGGCACUCCACUCACCAGUGCAACAUUGUGCAAGACUAUACUGCCUCAAAUGAUGUCCCACACCCUUUCAGGAGUGUAGAACAACGUCCCCGCUGCUGGGCCAAGACACAUGCUGUGUCCGAAUUGCCCGCUCGCAUACUACAUGCUACUGCUACGUACUACUGCUAGAUCCUACUCCUACAUACUAAACACGUUGGCCCAAUUCGGACACACUAGACGAGCAGUGGGGAAAGACGACCCCCGCAGGCAGAGAGUAGGUACUGUGCCAUGACAUGACAUGACAAAGAUACAACCGCACAUUUUUUUAGGACAGUGUGUGAAGUUACAUUAAAACUACAUCUGUACUGCUGCGGUCCUGCCUCCUGCUGCUGCUGCUGCUGCUCCGCAAUGGUGAGCGCUGCUGUGCCAGCCGGCGUUCGCAACGCAUUUAAAUAGGCAGAGCAGCUGGUGGCGCUAGCAUCACAUGCGCUUCUACAACUUUUAAGAGGACGAAGAAGACCGCGGUGCAUUUUGGGUCAGUAGCAUGCCUGUAGGAUGCGCUGCGACCAUCCUACAAUGUUGGCGUGUCUAGUAUCUGAAGUAGUAUCUGAAGUAGCAUGCUACUCGCUCCGGUGGCCAAUUCGGACAUGCUCCAUACUACUUCGACUACUACUUCGACUACUACUUGGCAAUUCAGAUGCAGCAAGAGACACCUGCCUUUUAGGAGUCAAACACAGCGCUCCACAGUAGCGUGUGUGCGUGUGUGACCAAUGUUAAGACAGCACUUUUGCUCUGGCAGUGUUUCUGGGCAGAGUCAUCAAAUAGGCCUAUUCACUAAGGACAUAACAAAUUUAUUUUAUUUACGUCUUAAUCUUUAAUGAAAUCUGGCUGAUUGUGAUUUAUGACAGGUUUAAGGUUUGUUUCUCAAUUAUUCUGAGACAGACAUUUGCUGCACCGCAGAUCCACACUGACUAUAACUAAUCAGUUUACCUCAGAUAAGUUAACCUUUGACUGACCAUAUACACUCACCGGCCACUUUAUUAGGUACACCUGUCCAACUGCUCGUUAACACUUAAUUUCUAAUCAGCCAAUCACAUGGCGGCAACUUAGUGCAUUUAGGCAUGUAGACAUGGUCAAGACAAUCUCCUGCAGUUCAAACCGAGCAUCAGUAUGGGGAAGAAAGGUGAUUUGAGUGACUUUGAACGUGGCAUGGUUGUUGGUGCCAGAAGGGCUGGUCUGAGUAUUUCAGAAACUGCUGAUCUACUGGGAUUUUCACGCACAACCAUCUCUAGGGUUUACAGAGAAUGGUCCGAAAAAGAAAAAAUAUCCAGUGAGCGGCAGUUCUGUGGGCGGAAAUGCCUUGUUGAUGCCAGAGGUCAGAGGAGAAUGGCCAGACUGGUUCGAGCUGAUAGAAAGGCAACAGUGACUCAAAUAACCACCCGUUACAACCAAGGUAGGCAGAAGAGCAUCUCUGAACGCACAGUACGUCGAACUUUGAGGCAGAUGGGCUACAGCAGCAGAAGACCACGCCGGGUGCCACUCCUUUCAGCUAACAACAGGAAACUGAGGCUACAAUUUGCACAAGCUCAUCGAAAUUGGACAAUAGAAGAUUGGAAAAACGUUGCCUGGUCUGAUGAGUCUCGAUUUCUGCUGCGACAUUCGGAUGGUAGGGUCAGAAUUUGGCGUCAACAACAUGAAAGCAUGGAUCCAUCCUGCCUUGUAUCAACGGUUCAGGCUGGUGGUGGUGGUGUCAUGGUGUGGGGAAUAUUUUCUUGGCACUCUUUGGGCCCCUUGGUACCAAUUGAGCAUCGUUGCAACGCCACAGCCUACCUGAGUAUUGUUGCUGACCAUGUCCAUCCCUUUAUGACCACAAUGUCCCCAACUUCUGAUGGCUACUUUCAGCAGGAUAAUGCGCCAUGUCAUAAAGCUGGAAUCACCUCAGACUGGUUUCUUGUACAUGACAAUGAGUUCACUGUACUCAAAUGGCCUCCACAGUCACCAGAUCUCAAUUCAAUAGAGCAUCGUUGGGAUGUGGUGGAACGGGAGAUUCGCAUCAUGGAUGUGCAGCCGACAAAUCUGCGGCAACUGUGUGAUGCCAUCAUGUAAAUAUGGACCAAGCUCUCUGAGGAAUGCUUCCAGCACCUUGUUGAAUCUAUGCCACGAAGAAUUGAGGCAGUUCUGAAGGCAAAAGGGGGUCCAACCCGUUACUAGCAUGGUGUACCUAAUAAAGUGGCCGGUGAGUGUAGAAAACCAGUUUACCUUUGAUUAGUUAACCUCUGACUGACUUUAUAACAAACCCGUUUACCUCAGAUUAGUUAACCUCUGACUGACCCAUUAUUACUAACACCAGUAUCUGGUAAGUUAACGUUGUGGCCAGUCACGGACUACAUAAACUUCUGUGUCGAGAACAUCGUACCCACCAGGAAAGUACAGUGUUUCUCCAACAGCAAACCUUGGGUGACCCUGGAACUUAAAGUCCUCCUGAAGGAGAAGAGGAGGGUCUUUAAAUCUGGGGAAAAGGAGGAGCUGAGGAGGGUGCAGAAGGAGCUGAAGAAGAAGAUCAGAGAGGGGAAGGCCAGCUACAAGACCAAGAUGAAAACCUUCUGCAACAGAACAACGCGAGGGAGGUCUGGAGAGGCCUGAAAUCCAUCUCAGGUCAUAGCAGGGGCCAUGAGAGGGGACCUGAAGUAGGAGACAGGGAGUGGGCCAACGAGCUGAAUCUAUUCUUCAAUAGAUUUGACUCUGCUCCCACUCCUCCCCCGACUCAUCAAACCAACGACCCGUCUGCUGCUUCUUCUUCACAUCACCUCAGUUCCAUGGCACCGGCAUCAUCAACCCCCCUCCACUCAUCCUCCACUAGCCCUUCCAGCGCCACCCCCAGUCUCUCCAUAACAGCUGACCGGAUGAGAAGUGAGCUGAGGAAGAUGAAGCCAAGGAAAGCCACGGGUCCUGACUGCAUCAGCUCCAGACUCUUGAAGGACUGUGCAGACCAGCUCUGAGAGGUGCUACUGCACAUCUUCAGCUUGAGCCUGAGUCUGGAGAGGGUCCCAGCACUGUGGAAGACUUCCUGCAUGAUUCCUGUCCCCAAGACAGCACACCCCAGGGAGCCCAACCACUUCAGACCUGUGGCCCUAACUUCUAACCUGAUGAAGACUCUGGAGAGGAUCGUGCUGAGGAACCUCCGCCUCCUGGUGGGCUCUCAUCUGGAACCUCUGCAGUUUGCGUACCAGCCGAACAUCGGAGUGGACAACGCUGUCAUCUACCUGCUGCAGAGGUCCAUGGCUCACUUGGAGAACACCGGCAGCACUGUGAGGGUCAUGUUUUUUGACUUCUCCAGUGCUGUCAACACUAUCCAGCCUUCACUGCUCAGGGGGAAGCUCGAGAGGGCGGGAGUGGACUGUCACCUAGCCGCGUGGACCGCGGACUACCUCACCGACAGACCACAGUUUGUGAGGCUUCAGAACAGUGUGUAGGACAUGGUGGUCUGCUGCACGGGGGCUCCACAGUGGACAGUGCUCUGCCCCUUCCUCUUCACCCUGUACACCUCAGACUUCAGCUACAACUCUGGGAGCUGUCACCUCCAGAAAUUCUCUGAUGACACAGCCAUCGUCGGAUGUGUAUCGUCAGGGGAUGAGCGGGAAUACAGGACUGUCAUCACUGACUUUGUCAACUGGUGUGGCACAAACCACCUCCAGCUCAACGCCAGUAAGACAAAGGAGAUGGUCGUGGAUUUCCACAGGAGGAGGACACCUCAGACUGUUCCAGUGAACAUCCAGGGUCUGGACAUCGAGAUGGUGGAGUCCUACAGAUUCCUGGGUGUCCACCUCAACAAUAAACUGGACUGGUCAACAAACACAGACGUCUUGUACAAGAAGGGCCAAAGUCGUCUCCACCUGCUGAGGAGACUGAGGUCCUUUGGAGUGUGCAGGACUCUGCUCAGGACUUUCUAUGACUCUCUGGAAGCAUCUGCACUUUUCUAUGCAGUGGUCUGCUGGGGGGCAGGGAGCAAUGAGAGGGACAGGAAGAGACUGAAUAGACUGGUCAGGAGGGCCAGUUCUGUCCUGGACUGUUCUUUGGACUCCCUGGAGGAGGUGGGUGAGAGGAGGAUGUUAGCAAAGCUUGUAUCCAUCAUGGACAAUCCCUCUCACCCACUGCACCAGACUGUGGGGGCUUUAAGCAGCUCCUUCAGCAGCAGACUGAGACUCCCACCUUGCAAGACGGAGUGCUACCACAGAUCAUUCCUCCCUUCUGCAAUUAGACUUUACAAUGAACUGCACUUUUUUUCUGGCAUUUAAAUUGUGUAUAUUGUAUAUAGUUUUAUUUUUCUUCUCCCUUUUUCCUUUUCUAAAUUUUUUCUUAAUAAUUACAUUUAUUUAAGUUCUUAAUAUUCCGAUCUUUAUUUUUAUAACUGCAUUUUUGCACUCUUUGUCUGUGAUGCUGCUGUUGACAAAAAAAAUUUCCCCCAUGGGGGAUCAAUAAAGGAAUAUUCUAUUCUAUAUUCUAUUCUUCUUAACUGUUUACUGACCCAUUACUUACCAGCUUACCUCUGAUUAGGUAGCCACUUACUGAGCCAUCAUUAACCAGUUUUCCACUGAUUAUUAAACUGUUUAAUGGUGCAUCAUGUCAUCAAAACUAGGAUGAACAAAUUUAAUACUAACAUAUGGUGGUAUAUGGUAUAAUAUAAUAAACAGACCUUGUCUCUGGUACGGAACAAAAACUUCACUCCACACUUAACUAUUAAAACAAUAAAUCAAGUGGAGUCUCGAGUCAGUAAACAAAAUUGCACUAAAUAAUUAGCUUUGGGUGCUAUUCCUCAACAGGUCAACAAAGAACACGCAUGCGCACCUCAAGCACAAUCAUCCCCGCGAAUGAUAUAGCGACAUAUCGUCCGUGGUCGUAGGCUCACCUCUUUCAUUUUAUUUGAAACCGAAAUGUUCCCACACUGGGGCUGUUGCGUUGGGAUUAGAGACCAAAGCUGUCGUUUCAUCAUUCAUUGCGUUUGCUCCGCACUGUGUCAGUAAGUCUGUGUGUGUGUGUGUCUGUGUGCGUGUGUGCGCCUUGAAAUUUACUCUCCAUAUAAUACAGAGAAAUACAAUUUAUUGUCCUGUAAUUUUUAGAUGGCUUUAGUUGUGUAUGAAAACCUUUCUAAAGGAAAAAGAAAAAAAAGAGGUAUGUAAGAUCUCCAUUUAUCAAUAGAUAGUAUUGCUUUUAUUCCACAUUUCCUUGGUAACCUAAAAGAUGCAGUAGUCCAGACUUCCUAAGUCCCCUUUGAUAAGUAGGGAUACAUUGCUUUAUAAAAUUCGUCCUUGUUUUCUCAGAAGAACUACAAUCCCAUGAACCCUAAUCCAGCGAAAACUGCUUCCGUAAUUUGUCUGGAUUUACCACAAGCUUCCACGUCAUCCAAACCAACUUCCAGCCAAUCAUGUAGCGUGACGUCAUCAACUGGCGCCGGGCCCCGAGCCAAUCUGGCAGCUGAUAUGAUAUACAGUGCAUCCGGAAAGUAUUCAUACCAUGUCACUUUUUCCACAUUUUGUUGUGUUACAGCCUUAUUCCAAAAUGGAUUAAAUUCCCCUUUUCCCUCAAAAAUUCUACACAAAAUACCCCAUAAUGACAAAGUGAAAAACUUUUUUUAGAACAUUUUGCGAAUUUAUUAGAAAUAAGAACACUCAAAUGUUGCAUACAUAAGUAUUCACACCCUUUACUCAAUACUUGGCAGUGAUUACAGCCUCCAGUCUUCUUGCGUAUUAUGCAACAAGCGAGGCACACCUGGAUUUGGGGAGUUUUUCCCAUUCUUCCGUUCAAGCUCAGUGAGGUUGGAUGGGCAGCGUCGGUGCACAGCUACUUUCAGGUCUUUCCAAAGAUGUUCAAUCGGGUUCAAGUCUGGGCGCUGGCUGGGCCACUCAAGGACAUUCAGAGACUUGUCCUGAAGCCACUCCUUUGUCUUCUUGGCCGUGUGCUUAGGGUCAUUGUCAUGCUGGAAGAUGAAGCGUCUCCCCAGUCGAAGGUCUCAAGCGCUCUGGAGCAGGUUUUCAUCAAGGAUUUCGAUGUACUUAUCUGCAUUCAUUUUUCCCUAGAUCCUGACAAGUCUCCCAGUUCCUGCCGCUGAAAAACAUCCCCACAGCAUGAUGCUGCCACCACCAUGCUUCACUGUCGGGAUGGUAUUGGUGAGGUGGUGAGCGGUGCCUGGUUUCCUCCAGACGUGACGCUUGGCAUUCAGGCCAAAGAGUUCGAUCUUCAUUUCAUCAGACCAGAAAAUUUUGUUUCUCCUGGUCUGUGAGUCCUUCAGGUGCCUUCUAGCAAAGUCCAAGUGGGCUGUCAUGUGCUUUUUACUGACGAGUGGCUUCUGUCUGGCCACUCUACCAUAAAUGCCUGACUGGUGAAGUGCUGCAGAGAUGGUGGUCCUUUUGUAGGGUUCUCCCAUCUCCUCAGGGGAACGCUGGAGCUCUGUCAGAGUGACCAUCGGGUUCUUGGUCACCAAGGCCCCUUCCACCGCUUGCUCAUUUUGGCUGGGCGGCCAGCUCUAGGAAGAGUCCUGGUGGUUCCAAACGUCUUCCAUUUCUUAAUGAUGGAGACCACUGUGCUUUUUGGGAUCUUCAAUGCAGCAGAUAUUUUUCUAUAACCUUCCCCAGAUCUGUGCGCCGAUACAACCCUGUUUCGGAGGUCUACAGACAAUUCUUUCGACUUCAUGGCUUAGUUUGUGCUCUGACAUGCUCUGUCAGCUGUGGGAUCUUAUAUAAACAGAUGUGGCUCACCAAAUCAUGUCCAAUCAGCUGAAUUUGCCACAGGUGGACUGCAAUCAAGUUGGAGGAACAUUUCAAGGCUGAUCAGUGGAAACAGGAUGCACCUAAGCUCAAUUUUGAGUUUUAUAGCAAAGGGUGUGAAAACUUGUGUAUAUGCAACAUUUGAGUGUCUUACUUUUAAUAAAUUGUAAAAUGCUCUAAAAAAAGUUUUUCGCUUUGUCAUUAUAGGGUACUUUGUGUAGAAUUUUUGAGGGAAAAAAGGAAUUUAAUCCAUUUUGGAAUAAGGCUGUAACAUAACAAAAUGUGGAAAAAGUGAAGUUGUAUGAAUACUUUCCGGAUGCACUGUAUAUGCUCACAUCACCCUGAACAGUUCUGAUGAUUUCAUAAGUGACAGCCCAUGUUAGUUUCACUUGUACCUGAUCAGUGUCACUGACCUGUCCACAGAGGUGUUGUGAUGGAGGGGGCCCCCCGAACUGAAGAGCCAACUUCCUGUCGGGUGGUGGGCAUCAGUCACUGUGACUCCGCCUCCCUGCUGUGGCGUGUUGAAGACCUGAGGUCAGUGCGGUCUCAGGGCUUGGUGGGGUCGCUUCUAGGCUCACUGCCCCGAACCCCCAGACAGAACUCAAGGCUGGGCCGUCCACUGCAGCUGCUGCCUGAGGAAGAGCUCCUGCUGAGCAAAUGCCACACCGCUGCCAGUCUUCCACCCGCCAACCAGGUCAGUUGAGCCCCAGGUAACCUGUUUCCAUUCCUACUUGUUUUGAAAUUAAAACACCUGUCAUCCUGAUAAUGAACUCUGGUUGGUUGUUGGUGUGCAGCAUGAAGGAGGGUCGGGGCUUGUCCAGCAGGUAGCGCUGCAGGGGGAGGAGCGGAGGAGGAGUUACGAAGAGCAGAGUAUUAUUGCCUUGGAGGGUAGAAAAUCUGCUGUGCUGCGAGCAAUGGCAUCAUCAAACACCGGUGAGUCCUGUCACUUGGGGCGCCAAUAAGGGGGGGAAAGGAGAAGGAUUCUAGGGGCCCAUGAUUGAGAGGGGCCCAGAAAGGGCCCCUAAUAAAGUUAUACUGAAAAAAAACCAACUAACGUUUGAUCACAAAUAUUUCAUAUACAGCGUCCUGGUUACAAUAAUAGGCCCCCCCCCUCUAUUUACAUAAAAUGGUUCAGUCUGACUGACUCGGCCACUGGCAGCACAGCUGUAUGUCAAAGUCGCAGGCACCAGAGCGGCUAAGGAGCAGCUGAAAAGACAGUGGCCCUCAUUUAUCAAGCUUGCGUACGGCAGAAAACUUGCGUACACCUUGCGUACGAAAAUUUUGACGUGAGGAUCGGCAUUUAUCAAUCUGCACGUGAGUGUAUGCUGUGACCAAAUCUCACGACAGGUCUGACAUCGUGUACGCAAGUUUGAGUCAGCGUGGAUCUGCGAUGCAGCAAAUGUCUGACUCAAAAUAACUGAUAAACAAACCUCAAACCUGUCAUUAAGUACAAUCAGCCAGAUUUCAUUAAAGAUUAAGACAUAAAUAGAAUAAAAUAACAAAUAGUGAAUAGGCCUACUUGAUAACUCUGCCCAGAUACACUGCCACAGAGCAGGAGCGCCAUUUGACUCCUAAAAGGCAGGUGUUUCUGUCCUGGCCCAGCAGUGGGGAUGUUGUUGUACACUCCUGAAAGGGUGUGGGACAUCAUUUGGGCCAGUACAGUUUUGCACAAUGUUGAACUGGCUAAUGGAGUGCCGUUGGCUGUGCUGGUGCAACAUGAGGAUCUGAUGCCUGGAGAACAAUGACGAGAGACUUCAUAAAGGUGCUGUACAGAGGAGACAGGACCUUAUUGACGGAUUCUGGCAUGUAAAGUAUAAGUUUAGAAAGUGCUCUUGCUAUUUAAUCAGUGAUAAAAAUCCAAUAGAAAUCCAUGAAAAUGUGCCUCAGGGGCAGCAACACACCGUUUGGUGAGGUUAAUAAUUAUUUUUGUUCAGCCUCUGUCAGACUCUCCAGUCUGCUCUACAUUACAAAGAAGCAACAAAUUAAAACUAAAUACUUUAAAUAAUAGGAGCAACGUGCCCUAUGUCAUGGCAAUAAAAAGUAUGAGGCAUGUAUAGGAUAAUAAUUUAUCAUCAUGAGCAACUUAUUGAUAUCCACAUUCAGCUCAGAAAAGUUUAGAAUCUUUCUAAUAUUUCUCCUCUUUCAUGUUUGACCUCAGUGGGCGAGGCUUCUGAACCAUGAAUAUUUAAGGGCGUAAACAUGUUAAUGACGAUUGAUUUCAGCCGCCGCAUUUAUCAAGAUCCGUUCAUACGUACGCUGGGAUUGGUCAGAUACGAACCCUUUCAUAAAUCUCACGUGUGUCCUAUAACACAAUGAAUCCUGCGCUCAGAUCUGCGCAAGAUUGAUAAAUGAGGUCCAUUAUGCCUCAAAAAUCAGGCAGCCAAAACCACAAAGAAAGGAAACUAAGAGAGGAGAAAGAACUAAAGGGUCGACAGUAUGUCACCCAGUAUUUCACAAGGAAAGGUGGGUUUAUGAGUGGUUCGUGUAGUGGAAAGCUAUGUAAUAUUAACUUUGCCCUUGUAUGUGGUUUGUAAGCUAGCUCACUUUUCUCCCCAUGUUAGCUUAAGAAAACUCCUAAUAUUUGCGUUUCACAGUUGUUUUAGUUGAAUUAGUAAAUAAAGUAAUGCAGUCUAACGUUUAGCAUGCUGGUUAUAUUCAAUCAGUUGACCUCCCCUCUAUCAAAAUGAUGCCUCGUUCUGAACAGAGUCAAGUGUGUCGCUAUGCAACCCGUCCCGGAAACCUGAUUUGUACUGUGCAUGUGCGAAACAUACGCCACUUCCUCUCUUGGCAUUUCAAUGUAUUCUACCCAAUCUGUACUGCGCAAGUGCAAAUUUACUUCUCCUUGAAAACUUUAUUUAAACUACGGAUCAAUUCAGAAACAAGCUGGCAAUAUGACAGGCUAGCUAGCAGGAGGCUCCAGAGCUAAUGCCGAGGCAUUUGCCAGAGCCCCUGCCCAGCACGUUGAGACCUUUUGAACCACAGAGAGUGCCGCCACCCUGUCAAAAUUAUGGUUCUCUGACUUUUCACAGUAUCAGGGGGGAUGCUCUGGAGGUGUGUGGUCACCCAUGAAGCACCCUUCCUGGGCCACAGAGAGUGCCACAACCCGGUCAAAUUAAUGGUUCUCUGACUUUUCAAAGUAUCAAGGGGGGAUUUAUUUAAUUUAUUUUAUAAAUUAAAUUUAUUAACAAGAAGCCUACACAUUAUGGACAAUGAAUUUCAGUGUUUUUAUACAGCGUACAAUUUCAACACUGAAAUAUUCACAUAACCUUUUAUAACUAUGUUGCAAUUUUACAAUUUAGCUGGUGGAGGAGCCUUUAAUCGUAAAACCGGGCGCCAUUCUCAUGAAUUUCUGGCGCUCUGCUUCAGUUGGGGAAAGCAUUCUGUUCAGGAGAAAAGCAAAGCAUGUGGCUGGUGAUAAACUGAAGCAUUGAUAAACUGAAGUAUCCUUUCUGACUGUAGCGAGCUUGCUGAUGCUGAAGCUGCCGAACAAGUGUCGAAACUGUCGCAAAUUGCGAGGGGCAAUGAAUUGCUGAGCUGUUGCAAAAAUGGCUAGUAGAGGAAGUGACAUACAUUCCGCACCUGCGCAGUACAAUCGGGUUUCCGGGACGGAUCAGGUAGCGACAAAGUGCACCAGAAGCAGCUGUCUGUUAGUCCCCAACUCCACCAGCCCCUCACCCAGCCGCAGUGUCCCCACAUGAGGAAGGAGGUGAGCAGCUGUGUGUAUUGGAUUAGUCAUAAUGAUAUUCUUUAUCACAGUCUCAAAACAAUACACACAAAAGAUGAAUCUGUUAUUCAGGAAAAUAUUAAAAUAAUAAUUUUGAACAAUUUUAAUGGUUUAAAAUGCAUAAUUGUUUUUAUUCUGUUAAAAUUCAGCUGCUAUUGAAAUAGAAUAGGUGCAAUAGGAACAGAAGAAAAAAUGAGUUGUGUGUGCAGCAGACUGGGGUGACUGCUCUCAAUCCAAUAAGAGAAAUUUACAUGUUCAAUGGGGGAAUGCCUGUAAGAAUCUAUUACAAGUAGAUAUAUUAUAGGAAAUACUAUAUAAUUUAUCUAUGUCUUGAACACUCUACAGAGCCAGGUCCAGGACCCUCUUCUGAUUUGUCAGGGAGGAAUGCGGAGGAAGUGGAGGAAGAGAUGAAAGAGGGUAAAGAUGAAAUGGAGAGCACAGAAACGCAGGUGGCAGAGAGUGAGGACGAAGACGUUGAAAGGAAUUCAGAUGUGGAGGAUGGACUAAAUGCGUGUACAGAAAAACGUAACAUAAAAAUCCGUAAUUUUAUGUAAAAAGCAUCAAAAAUUUGGCCUUCUGUGUUGGGGGCCCUGUAUAAAUUCUUUUCAUGGGGCCCAGAAUCCCUAGCAGCACCCCUGCCUGUCACACUUAUACCUGAUUCUGCUGUAGUCUGAUCGAACAGUUCUGGCUCUGAUCCUGGUUCUUGUCUGUUCAGGUUCUGGUUCAGAGACUUGUCAACACAAGGCUCAUUGGGACAGCCUGAAGGCCCUAGACCAGAGCUUUACCUUCCCUCUGUCAGCACUUGCAGUGCAGCUGAGCACAGCAAGGGUGGGGCUAGCUCACUGUCCCGAGAGUCGGGCCUUCCUGCAGGCUCACUGGUCAAUCAGAGUGCAGCUCAGCCAGCACUCGGAGGCCAGGUAUGAGGUAUUCAGAGACCUGAGGAGGCGGGGCUUCUAUCUGACCUCAGCGGGGAAGUUUGGAGGAGACUUCCUGGUUUAUCCAGGUCAGUGUCUGUCUGUCUCUCUCUAUGUCUCCUAAAGGGAUAUUCCGGCAUAAAAUUAAGUUAGGGUGGGUCAAACACACCGUAACACAGAGUUCGACACCCCUUCGAGAGAUGAAUGUUGCCAACUGCUUGCUUCUCUAGUUAUACCAACUUUGAUAUUGACCGCACGAGAGCAAUACACAGUGGUCUAUGGCUCCACUUGCAAACCUUAACCAAAAAGCCACUCUAUGGCCACAAGUAAUGCUCAGAACAGCACCUAACUUCAUCAACCAUACAUAUAGGGUCCCAGCCAUAGAACUAGCCAUCUUUUUUUUUUUAUAUAAGUCAUAAAAUAACACAUAGGUUCGAACAUAUUCGAAUAUCUGUCUUGCAUAUAACUUUAUCUAUAUAUUCAAUUUUACAAUAUUCAUUAACAGACCUGAUUGUGGGGUUGUUACUUAAGUUGGUAUAACUAGAGAAGCAUGCAGUCGGCAACAAUCAUCUCACGAGGGAGUGUCUAACUCGGUGUUACAGUGUAUUUGACCUUAAAUUAAUUUUACGCCGGAAUAUCCCUUUAAGCUCAGUGUCCUCCAUUCCUCUGCCUUUGUGUUUCUCUAUGUCUGUGUGUGUGUGCCUAUGUGUGUCUGUUUAAGUGUUUGUCUGUGUCUAUGUCUGUGUCUGUGUCUCUGUUUGUCUCAGUGUGUGUCUGUGUCCUUAUGUUUUUAAUUCAGUGUGUUUCUGUGACGAUGUCUGUGUGUCCUUCUGUGUCUCAGUGUGUGUCUGUGUCUUUGAGUGGGUCUGUGAGUAUGUCUUUGUCUCUGUGCAUCUCUGUCUGUGCUCCUGUGUGUCUCAGUGUGUGUCUGUGUCUCAGUGGGUGUCUGUGUGUGUCUUUGUCUGUAGUUAUAGCGUCUAUAAACAGAGGAGCAGGUGAUUUGUUUAUCUCUGUCUCUUUCUGAUGUGAUUUUCAAAAUAAAGUUUAGAUUGUAAGUUUACUCAUCUGUUCUCCUCCUCAGGUGAUCCCCUACGGUUUCAUGCUCACUUCAUCGCUGUUUGUCUCUCUAAGGACAAGCCUGUCUGUCUGCUUGACAUCCUGUCUGUGGCUCGCCUGGGAUCAAACGUGAAGAAGACCGUCCUGCUCUGCUCUCCAGGAGGGGGCGGAGUCCUGUAUACUUCGCUACAGUGGAGUGGAAUGGUAUAGAACAACAACAUCCUUGUUAUGAUCAAACCAGGACCAGAACCAGAACUAGGACAGAGCUGGUCUCUGGAGAGAGUCGAUGUCUUAUAAUGACUGAGCACUUGUGAGACUGAAGUCUGAUUAGACUGAGUACUAAUCAGACAGACCCCUGAAUGGUCUGACCUCUGAUCAGUCUGACCCCUGAUCAGACUGACUUCUGAGAUCAGUCUGACCCCUGAUCAAACUGACCUCUGAUCAGUCUGACCCCUGAUCAGGCUGACUUCCAAUCACUCUGACUUCCUAUCAGUCUUUGGCUGAGCAGCAGACAUAGGUCACCCACAGACCUGCCCCCAGUCUCACAGACAACUAUUAGGGAAUCUGUGUGAAUAUCUACAGUUGAAGUCUUCAGCACUGCAAACGCACUGGGUUAUGAACUUGCAAUAAACUCGGAUUUGAUUGUAAGCUUGUGUGUAAGUUCUGAAGCUCAACUCAGUUUAUUGUCAACAGUUGAGCUAAAUAUAUAUAUUUUUAAAUUAAAAUAUGUGUUUCAAAGGUGUCUUUUGUGAUUAACAGAAGAGAUCCCAGUAUGAAUUCUAGUAGUGAUUUCUGCUAAGUCUUAUUUCUCUGUAUUCUUCACUUACAAACUGUCGUUGUGGUCAUUUACAUGAAUGAGAUCCCUGAGCAGAAAUGCUCCUUCAUAGAGGAAAGACAUGGAAAUAUUUCAUUGGAAAAUCUCUUGUGGUGCUUUUGUCAUGGAGAUGGUGAGUAGAUACAGAUUAUAUGAGUGAUCAGACCUAUAAUGAAGUCACAGACAGGAAAACUUUUUUUUUUGUUUUUAUUAAACCAACAUCCUGCUGCUUACAAAGAGGCUACAAGCACCUGUUAACCAUUCUGUCUGACACACCUUUACACUGCUUGCUCUGAUGGAGAGACCACUAUCUUCAUCAUGACCAACAUCCUCAUCUUCAUUACCAUCAUCGUCAUCAAUACCAUCAUAUUCAUCUUCAUGGUCGUCAGGCUCAGAAUCCAUUUUAUUGUCAGGCUCUUUGUUUAGAUUUUUUCAUCAUGAACCAAAAAUACAUGACGAUAUCAAAAAUAACUGUUCAAAGAGGCUGAAGACGCUGUUGACAUCUUAAACCCCUCCCAUGCUUCCAUCUCAGGGGUCCUGAGGUAGUUCUGGCUUAAUUUUGUAUUUGUGUGUGGAGUUGUGUUCUGCUCAGAGUCAAAGGUUAAAGGUCAGAGGUCUGUUGGUUUGGUCUGAUCCGCGGUAAAAUUAUUUGAUUACAGCCCAGCCUGUUCUUUCUCUCUGAAACUAAUUGGCCCCUCUGUCAGUGGGCUGGGGCUCAGAUCCAGACAUGCUACCCCAGCUGUACUCUCCCUGGGGGGUGGCCAUGAAGGGUCUGGGGGCCCUCAGCAAGGCCAUGUCACAGGAGUCUGGGUGGAGCAGGAAGCCGGAGAAGGUGCUACUGGAUUCACUACCUGCAUACAUGCCAUUCGUGGCCGAGUCCUUCACCUGGAGCCAAACCUGGUCCCCCUGGGCCAGAUGUAAGAUCACGGAGUGUGAGGUGGUCCCCAGGACUUUUGGGUCUGUGGUGAUGACAACUGGCCUGUAGUUAUGGAAGAGUCCAACCUUGAGGACUCGCUCAUGGACAGUGAGGUGGUAACUGAAGACAUAUGUGCCGUUUAUGGGGGCAGUGUAGAGGCCAGAUACAGGGUUGUAGCUUCCCUGGACAUUGUAAAGGACAUGAGCGAACACCACGGGUGCGUUUGGUUGGGGAUAGCUGGACGUUAGUCCUGCAGCAAAGCUGGACUGGAUGCUGGGCAUGCAGGGACCAGGAGGACCCAUCAUUCCCUGAGGCCCUAUGUCUCCCUUCUCACCUUGUGGCCCCCUCUGCCCAGUGACUCCCACCUGUCCUUGCUCCCCUUUCUCCCCCUGGGGUCCUGGAGCACCCUCCAACCCAACUGUACAGUUGCACUCUGCCUGUGGCCCUGGCUCUCCUUUGUCACCCACAAGCCCAGGUACACCUGGAGCUCCCAUGCCACCUGUGUCUCCUUUUUCACCUUUCAGCCCCAUUGGUCCAGGACUGCCAGGUAGACCCCGGGGCCCUGAAGAACCAGGUUGACCUGGUGGUCCUGAGGGGACUUGGCUGGACUCACAGGCGUGGGGGCAGACUCCAUCUUCUCCUUUACGACCUGGAUCACCUGGGGGGCCUUCCAGACCACGUUCACCUUUAUCACCUGCAGGACAAGAGAAACCACUUCACAGAAUGGAACAGGACUUUUCCUGAGGAUCUUGUCACAUGUGCCCCUCACCUUUAAAGCCUCGCCCUCCUUUAGGUCCCAUAAAACCUUGCAGCCCUCUGUCCCCUUUCUCGCCCUCGUCCCCUUUCUGACCUGAAGGAGGAACAAUAUCACAUUCAGUGUGGACAGAGAGACUGGCAGCAAAGGAUGAUGGAAACACUUUUACCUUUGACCCCUGGUCUGCCUACAAAACCUGGUGGACCUCUGAAUCCUGUCAUCCCUCUUCUUCCAGGACUCCCAGGACUACCUGAGGGGGGACACAGAGAACUUUUAGAGCACAUAUGUCAGAGUCAAGGCCCGGCCCGCGAGAAGGUUUUUUACGGCCCCUGGGAUGAUCUUGAUUUAUUAUUAGAACCGGCCCGCAGACCGCAGCAAGCCGGCAGCCCGCAGAUCUUUUACACGCACCAAUACUACAUUUCCCACAAUGCAACGGUGACGCACCGAGCAGUAGGCUGCUUCAUUUCAAUAUUUAUUAGCACAGCAGUCGUCAGCAUAACAGUAAAAUUAACUUUCAGAUACCUAUCAAAAAUGCAUGUUACUUCUCCUUGAAGAAAGUGUUGUUUUUGAUUAAUAGAUUUUUGCACUUUAUUUUAUUGUAUUUCAAUCCAAUUAUAUUUUAAAAAUAUUUCAGUUGAGUGGAUGAUAGAAAAUUGCUAUUAUUAUUUUUUUCUUUGAAGUAAAUUUAGCCCACUUUUGCUAAAAUAGAAAAUAUAGGCUACUGAUGGUGCCUUGAAUAAUACUGGUUUCUUUCAUUUAAUGUUCAUGUUAUGGGGAUUUUUAUAUAAAGGAAAUUUGUCUUUUGUGUCUGUUGAAAAUUAAAGAUUACUGACAGAGCCAUAAGAAAAUAUUGCUUUAUUUAUCUGAUCAUAUUGGAAUAUAUUUGUUAGGUUUUCAGUAGGUUCAAUUAGGUUCACUAGACUAUAUGCGUCAUUUAAAAAUUUUUCAAUGAACAUUCGAUCAGUCCGGCCCUCGGCUUGUAGCUAAAUUUUUUAUUUGGCCCUCCGUCCAUUUGAC